CUGGUUGGAAGCGAGAGAAAGUCAGAUAAAAGAACGUGCCCCAAGCACGAGGAUCUCCGGGUUGCCAAAUCAGUGCUGGAGGAACCAUGAAGAGGAACCAGUGGCGCAAAGGAGCCUGGGAAAGCGCAAGCGGUAGCGUCGGCGCAAUGAGUCCUUCACACAGCACAAGUCUCGCACUCGCCCUUCUGCUUAUCUCAGCCAUACCGCCUUGCACAGGUGCUCCACUGUUCCAAGAUCUCUCCACUACAGAGAAUGACAAGCUCCUAAACCAGAUAGAUAACGUCUGCUCAUCCCUCCUUCCUGAAGAACGACCCCUCAGGACGCUGGACACACUGUGGGAUCUGUGUGACUGGAUGCAGGGAGUGUUGACCAAAGCUCAGGAUCCGGAGGCUCGAGAAACAACCAAAAGGUUUUUAUUUCAUUACACUAAGCCGAAUACUGGAUUGCCCGAGGGGACGUCCACUGUGUUCCACCCUCUCCUGCAGCUCAUACCGCAGCUCCAUAGCAGAAGACGCAGAAGAGUAGCAUCACAUGAGACCCCACGCCUUAUCCAGAGCAGAGGAUACUUCUUAUAUCGGCCACGUAAUGGGAGACGAUCCUCAGAAUAUGUGUAAAAAAAAUAAAUAAAAUAAAAUAAAAAAAAACAAGCCAAAAAAAUGGAGAAUAAAAAAAGAAAAGGUAUCCAACACCUUCAAAAACACAGUGAACACUCCGUGUACACGUCUCUUAACCUGUAUGUUCUGCUGUAAAACUCUCACUGAGCUUAGGCAUUUUGUCUUUUUUAUCACUUCAUGCUGCUUUUCCUGUGGAGCAGCUAGCUGAUUAGCCUCGACGGACAACCAGAAAACCCUGAGGCAUUUAUCCUUGGUCUGCUUAUCACCCCUCUAUGGUGUUUAAUGAUUCUUAAUGUACAUAGAGAAUUAAAUGGAAUCUUUUUUUUUCUGUCCACAGCUCCUAAUAGUGUAAACAUGUUGUGUCUUUUAGAUUAAA